AUGAGUUCUUCAAGAGGUCUCCAGUCCAUUCGUCCAGUCUCCAGGACCUUCAAUGCGCUUCCCGCUGCGUAUGCUGGCGCGCAAGUCGCAUCGAGACGGCAUGCUGGAACAAUUGCUAACUUCAAGAUCCCUACCAUCAACAACGAGCCCAACCAACACUACACCAAGGGCUCAGUCGACAGGCAGAAGCUCCAGGACGCCAUCGCAGCGUUGAAGAAGAAGGGAGCUGUCACAGUUCCCCUCGCAAUAGGUGGCGAGCACAUCAACAACUCCUCCGUUCUUACACAACACGAUCCCUCCUCCCACGCCGAUGUAGUCGCCAGAUAUUCGAACGCCAGCGCCGCAGACGUCAAGAAGGCCAUUGACUCAGCACUCGCGGCAAAGGCUGACUGGGAGGCUCUUCCCUUCGCUGACCGCGCUUCGGUCUUCCUCAAGGCGGCCGACUUGGUAUCUGGAAAGUACCGAUAUGAAAUCAUGGCUGCGACUAUGGUCGGUCAGGGCAAGAAUGCAUGGCAGGCUGAGAUAGACUCGGCUGCUGAGCUUUGCGAUUUCCUCAGGUUCAAUGUCAAGUACGCUGAGGACACAUACGGCCACCAACCCGUGCAUAACUCGCCCGGUGUCUGGAAUCGCGUGGAGUACCGACCUCUUGAGGGAUUUGUGUACGCCGUAUCGCCCUUCAACUUCACCGCGAUUGGCGGUAACCUCCCAGCAGCACCAGCUCUGAUGGGCAAUGUCGUUGUUUGGAAGCCAUCUCCCUCGGCCAUCGCCUCGAACUGGCUCUUGUACCAGAUCCUGAUUGAAGCCGGUCUUCCCCCAAAUGUGGUCCAGUGGGUACCUGGUGAUGCCGUCGAGGUCACAAGGGAGGUCCUCUCUCACAGGCACUUCGCCGCCCUCCACUACACUGGUAGCACGGUGGUCUUCCGCCAGCUGUACGGCACAAUCGCUAACGGCGUUGCUGACGGCAAGUACCAAAGCUACCCUCGUAUUGUUGGUGAGACAGGAGGCAAGAACUUCCACUUGGUACACCCCAACGUCGAUGUGAAGAACGCCGCCAUCCAGACUGUCCGGGGUGCGUUCGAGUACCAGGGCCAGAAGUGCAGUGCUUGCUCACGCUUGUAUGUCCCUGAGUCCCAAUGGCCCGAGUUCCAGAAGGUCUUGGUCGCGGAGACAGAGGCUCUUAAGAUUGGCGAGCCCUCUCAGUUCGACAACUUCAUCGGCCCAGUCAUCCACGAGGCCAGCUUCAAGAAGCUUUCUGGUGUUAUCGACGAGGCCAAGAACGACAGCGAACUUGAGCUCCUCGUUGGUGGCACGUACGACAGCAGCAAGGGUUACUACAUUCACCCCACCAUCUACAAGACUACCAAUCCUAACCACCCUCUCCUGUCCCGCGAGCUUUUCGGCCCUGUUCUCGUCACCUACGUCUACGACGACGCCGCUCCUGGUGCCUUUGAAAAGAUCAUCAAGCAGAUUGACGAGACCUCCGAGUACGCUCUGACUGGUGCCGUCUUCGCCAAGGAGAGGAAAGACCUCAACUUCGCCGAGAAUAAGCUAAGGAACGCGGCCGGUAACUUCUACCUCAACUGUAAGUGCACUGGAGCCGUUGUUGGCCAGCAGCCCUUCGGUGGUUCAAGGGCUAGUGGCACCAACGACAAGGCUGGCAGCGCUACCCUGCUGUCUCGUUUCGUCAGCAUGAGGGCGAUCAAGGAGGAGUUCGUUGCUACUGAAAAGGUCCAUUACCCCAGCAACGAGGUCUGA